UUUAAAUAUCCUUAUGAAAUCAAUCACUUCGUAGUUGAUGCACGCUUGUCGCGUGCACUACACCUUUAUUUAUAUAUAGUUAUUUAUAUACAUUUUUUAUUUAUUUAAUUUAUAUUCAAAAAAGUAUAAAAGUUUUCACUAUUGUGUCUGUUCAAUCAUUAAAGCUGUAUCGAAUACUCAAUCAUGUUUCAAUUCAAAGUGUUCGUAAUUUUAUUGUCAUUGGAUUAUGGACUUUGUUUCAUCAACCUGGCCGAUGUAGAAUGUGGCGUGUACCAAGCUCGACGUGCAAGAAUAGUAGGAGGAGAAGAUAGCUUACCUUCAGAAUUCCCGUGGGCAGCCAGCAUAUGGAGACAGGGGGCUCAUCAGUGUGGUGCUACUGUUCUCACUGACAGAUGGCUAUUGACAGCGGGUCACUGUAUUUGUAGGUUCGUAAAGAGAAAAAUUGACGAAUUCACAAAUGAAUUGCUAAUAUCCUCCUUGUACUAGGGAACCGU